AAACUAAAACAGGCAUACGGACAUUUUUUGAUAUUACCCACCCGACGCUGAACGCAAGCAGACGCACCACUUGCGAGCGAGCGCUAGAGUGCAAACAAAAAGAGAGAGGGAGAGAGUAACCAGAGAGGGUAACCGCGCGCGCGCUGAAAUCAAAAGUAGAGCGAGCGAGACGGAGCUAUUGAUAGAGAGAGCAUUACCCGUUAAGAGACAUUAAAGGAAAGCACGCGCGUCAUUCAGAAAAACGUGCUAAUGCAAGCAGAACAAAUAAAAAAUUACGGAUAUUAUUAAAUUAUAUAAAAGACGUAAAAUAAGUUAUGGCCAGCUCCGCCAGUGAAUUGCACAUUAUUGUGGAUGUAGUGGUGCCGGUUUUGUUCAUAGCUGCACUCUGUGUGGUCAACUGUUUUGUGCUGCGCAUCAUAAUGCGUAAGCGUAAAGAAUACCAAUACUUAACAGAACGCACUGCCAAUACAAUAGAAGCAGCAGCAGCUAAUGCCGCACCAGCAGCUGCUGAUGGGCCCACCACCUCAUCGGCCUGCACCGAUCGCAGCUGUCCAAUCGAAAUGGAGCGACUUUAGCGGCCAAACUCCGCCAACCAGUGUUGCCUUAGCAUAUAACAAAUAAUACUAAUUUUAGUACAAAAGUAGUCUCGGAUUCUCAGUAACUGUAUAUUUACAGCAAAUAUCAUUGAGAAAUGGAUAAUAGAAAAAMAAAAAAACGAAGUGCUUACAGUCGUUUAUCAUGAUUUUAUCUAUAGAUGUUUAGGCAUGUGCAUUUAAAAACUGUUCCUACGUGGUUUUUCUAUUAACUUUUUACGGACUCGCCAAGUCUCUUUUUUAAUGUGUAAAUUUGUUUAAUAAUACAAAUAAA